ACAUUUCAUUCUAAUUGGCAGAUUCAAUGCGUUGAAAAGUGUGUACGAACGAAGGAAGAAAUUGUGUGUUGGCUACUACUCUACUAGUAACGAAUUGCAACAACAAUUGUAAACAAACCAACAAAGUCAACAAUAGAUCAAAUAACAAAAAUACACAAUAAAUAACAGCAAGUAUAGCAACAAUAAAAAAUACGAAACUAACAAAAAUCGAGUAACAUCAAUCGUCAACCGUCAACAAUCAGGAAUUCAUCAAUAAAUAAGCCAAGUUAGCAACUACGCCGACGACUGACUAACACCGAUACGAAAGUUAAACAUUUCCGUUAGAAAAAAGAACAACAACAAUACGAAAGUUAAAAAAAAAAAAUAAUAGCUCAGCAAUUCAGCGACUCAUAGCAAAAGAAUUAGGCGACUUAAGAGAAAUAAAAAAUAAAAACAGUUUUUGUAUAAAAAAAAAAAAUUAAAAAUUAUUAAACCUAGGUAAAAGCGGUAAAAUAACACUAACAACAAAACAACAACUACAACAGCAAACUAAAGUAGUUGUAGUACAUACAUUUACAGUACUAUUAUAGUUCAUAGCAGCAGCAACAGUAGGGGAGCAGUAACCGAACAGCGGCCAAAAAAAUGUCAUUUCGCGUUGUACGAAGUUCAAAAUUUCGUCACGUCUACGGUCAGGCACUGAAACGUGAGCAAUGCUACGACAAUAUACGCGUCUCAAAAAGCAGUUGGGACUCCACAUUCUGUGCGGUGAAUCCGAAAUUCUUGGCCAUCAUUGUGGAAUCCGCUGGCGGUGGAGCAUUCAUUGUACUGCCACACAAUAAGGUUGGUCGCAUAGCUGCCGAUCACCCAUUGGUGGGUGGCCAUAAAGGACCCGUGCUGGAUAUUGCCUGGUGUCCGCACAAUGAUAAUGUUAUUGCCUCUGGUUCUGAGGAUUGUGUGGUUAAAGUUUGGCAAAUACCCGAUGGUGGUCUGUCGCGUACACUUACCGAGCCAGUCGUGGAUUUGGUGUUCCAUCAACGUCGUGUCGGACUUGUGCUGUGGCAUCCGUCUGCGCUGAACGUGUUGCUGACAGCGGGCUCUGAUAAUCAGGUUGUCAUUUGGAAUGUGGGCACCGGCGAAAUACUCGUUCAUAUCGACUCCCAUCCGGAUGUUGUAUAUAGCGCUUGCUUCAAUUGGGACGGCUCAAAGUUGGUAACCACCUGCAAGGAUAAAAAGAUUCGCAUCUAUGACCCCCGUACCGGUGAAAUAGAUAGCGAAGCACUUUGUCAUGAAGGCUCGAAGGCGACACGCGCCAUCUUCCUGCGUCAUGGACUCAUCUUCACCACCGGUUUCAAUCGUUCAUCGGAACGUCAGUACUCGUUGCGCGCGCCAGAUGCACUCAAUGAACCCAUUGUUAUGGUCGAAUUGGACACAUCGAACGGUGUGAUGUUCCCACUCUACGAUGCAGACACGAAUUUAAUUUUCCUGUGCGGUAAAGGUGAUUCAGUCAUACGUUAUUUUGAGAUAACGCCGGAGCCACCGUUCGUGCACUACAUCAACACAUUUCAAACGCCAGAUCCACAACGUGGUAUUGGUAUGAUGCCAAAGCGUGGCUGCGAUGUCACAACCUGCGAAAUUGCCAAAUUUUACCGGCUGAAUAAUAACGGUUUGUGUCAGGUGAUCUCGAUGACAGUGCCGCGUAAAUCGGAUCUCUUCCAAGAGGAUUUAUAUCCAGAUACAUUGGCUGAAGAUGCGGCACAAACGGCUGAAGAAUGGAUCGCUGGAAAUGAUGUGGAUCCACUAACAUUUUCGCUAAAAGAUCGUGUCUCUAUUGUACAGGGUGGCUAUGUCUCACAAUCGGCCAGCAAGUCGCUGUCAGUGUCGAAGAAAGCGAAUAUCCUCAACAAAGCUUCGGCGGGUACCUCGAAGAGUGCGACCAGUGCAUCGAUUGGAGGGGGCAAUCAUGCUACAUCGAUUAACAACAAUGCAUCGAGCGCGUCCGGCGGUGGCGGCGUGGUUAGUGGGGUCAGCGAAAGGGAUCUGCGUGAUAUCACCGAUGAAAUACGCAAGCUAAAGGCGAUCAUUGUGAAGCAUGAGAAUCGUAUACGCGCGCUGGAAGCGGCUGUGCGCGCGCAAGAGGCCGACGAUGUCGAUGCACGACCAGCGGCGGCAGCAGUCUCAGCCGGCAACGGCAACUCCUCUUCGUCGAAGGCGGCAACCGAGGGCGGCGGCGCGCAAAAAGAAAGCAACGACAAUAGCAGUGCCAACGAUCAGAGUCACCCGACCACCGCGAACGACGAUGAAUUUAAUUAAAUUUAUAUAUAUGCUUAUUUUUAAUUAAACUUGCUCCGCGACGCUUUAUCGAUUCAAAAUAUGUUUCGUUUGUAUUAAAAUUAAUAUUAUAUUUUAUCGUUUUUAAUUUAUUUUAAAAUAAUACUUGUAGCUUUUCCACCUUUUAAUUUUACAUUAUAUAAAAAAACAAAACCAGAAAGAAACAUUUUCAUUGUUACAUUUUUAAAUAAACUCAAUAAAAUAUUGUUUGUAAAUUGUCCACAUACACACACACACACACAUAAGAACACACACACACCCUUUUAAGAAUUACAUUUAUGCUUUAGUUAGACGCAAAAUAUCGCAAAUAACAAAAAUUUAAAACAAGAAAAUGUUAAGGAAAACUUAUUAGAAAAAUCGUUAAAAGUUGUUGUCUGUAAAUCAAACAACUGAAAAUAAAGCAAAUCGAUAAUUUGUAUAUUACCAUUGUAAAAGAGUAGUUUAAAUCGUAAAAAUAUUUAUUUUCCACACCAGCACACAGCACACAGCACACACACACAAAAGAAAUCAUUUUGUGACUGAUAUAAUGAAAUUUUCACAGAGUUUUAAAGGUUCAAAACUUUUUGCAUUGCUAGCUGGCUUAUAAGCUCUGAAGGAAAAGUUCUGAAAUGAUACGAUGUAGUUAUCUUUAUUACAUUGAUUGAGUACGCAGAAUUGUAUACCUUCUAAUCAGUUUCAUUAUAGUGUAUUUUAAAAGUGAUUUCGUAAGGACAAGCAUAUUGGCUAUUAUGACAGCAAUCGCAUGAUACCACAGAAUAAACAAUAUUCAGAAAGAGCACGUCUACUUGCGUUGAAAUCUAAAUUUAUGGCGGGUUAGAGUAGAACUCCACAAAAUUUGUCUCGGCGUCUACUACUUUUCAGGCUUUCGCACUUUAUUCAGCUAUACGCUUUAUAUUGCGGCUGGAGCGCUGAAGGCAAUAAGGCUUGGUAUAGACUUCUACCCUUAGGAAGACAGGCUACGCCAAAGCGGUUGUACCUCCCCUUACUUCAGCAAUGUGUUCACUUGGCCAUUGCUCGUAGCUGUCGUGAAUUUCGUGUUCUAUAGCCGCCUACGAUUCGCCGACCACUUACCAAGUAACGAAUCGAACAGCACAUUAAUCAAAACCGAGGCAUUGCUUUAAAAACCCUGAACGAGCUUAACAGCUAUAGUCGCUAAGCGAGCAUGUUAUUUACAGUGGGCGAGUUGCUAUGUUUUCUGCCCUGUCCAAGAUCUUCAUGCUAACUUCUUUACUCUGCUUCGGUCGUAAUAUUACGAUCAGCGAAGAAAUUUUAAUUUUUACGUCUUGUUUUUUUUUAUACGUUGCUUAUACUGAGAUCAUACACAACUCGCGUAAGCCCGUGCAUGUGUAAAAAAUGCACACAAUGCAGAACUUGUGAUGAACCGGUGUACAGCAUCUAACGCAAUAAACUAUUGCAAAAUUGUCCAUUGGGGUUUCAUGAAAGGAAAUUAUUUCAGACUGACCUAACCGACCACCCAAACCUGGCGCAAUCUAAAACAAAUGUUUAUUGGCUAACACGAUAUUUUUGUAUUUUCGUAAAUAAACAUAUUAUGUAGUUACCGUUAAUUGUUAGUAACUUUAUAUAGAUAAGUAUGUGUUUUUUUUGCUCCCGCCGUUACUGCCUUUGAAAGCUCACAAAUUUUCGCGUUGUAUAAAAAAAAAAAAACAAUCUAUAAAAGUUAUAAACAUGUAUUCAAAGUCAGUUGUUGCUGCUCACAUAAAGAUAAAUAUUUUUGGUAUUCGUUUACACGCUGCUGUUUUAACAAAUAUAUGUAUAUGUGUAUGUAAAUGCGAUGAUCGAGUAAUUGAGGAAUAAACAAGUAAUUUUUAGCAAAAGAAAACCGACUUCAACUCUCAUAUAAAA